CUCUCCGUUACGCAGGCCUGAGUUUGAAAGUCCUUCUUAAAAGAUUUUUUUGUUUAAAAAGACGGCUUUUGUCGACUACGAUUAACAACCAGCAAUUGAUACAACAAUGGCAACCAACGCACUUCACGUUUCGGUCGGUAAUUCUGCGACAGCACCUCAUCAACGGCCAUUCACUUGCACUGUGAGCCCCGUGGUUCUUUUCGCCGUCUUGGACCAUUACUUGCGCCGCGAUGACAAGCAAAACAAAGUGAUUGGCGCUUUACUCGGUGUACGCAGCCCCGAUGGCACCGAAGUCGAGAUCAAAAACUCGUUCAGCGUGAUUCACACCGAAGAAGAUUCGCAGAUUGUUUUAGACAAAGAACAUUACACCAACAUGCACGAUUUGCACCAGCGAGUUAACCCUGAAGAAACCAUUCUUGGUUGGUACACCACGGGUCCCAACUUGACACCUGCCAGUGCUCCCCUUCAUACCAUCUUCUCCCAAGACACUGGUCAUUUCCGACCCAUUCACGUUACUUUUGAUACUGAAAUGCUUUUGAAGAGCGAUGAUAUGGGCAUGCAAGCAUACACGAGCGCACCCGUUGGCUUCUCCACCAAGCCUGGUGAUUGCAUGUACUUGCCCGUACCAUGCGAGACCAAGUAUGUCGAUGCUGAACGGAGUGGAUUGGAUAUGCUUGCAUCGGCAAAGUCAUCAGAGAACCGUUCGGCAUCACUUUUGUCUGAUAUGGAUCAUUUGGAAGUGGCCGUUGGCAAAUUGCAAGAAAUGUUGCAGAGAAUCAGUGAAUAUGUAGACAGCGUUGUGGAUGGCAAGGAAAAACCCAACAACGCCAUUGGUCGAUACAUCAUGGAUACUGUUUCCGUGGUCCCCAAGGUCGACAGUGCCUCCUUCGAGAAGAUGUUCAACUCUCACCUCCAAGAUCUUCUUAUGGUCGUCUAUCUUGCAAACAUGACUCGCACCCAACUCUCUGUCGCCGAACGAUUGAACCUGUUUGUGUCCAACUAAACUAAUUCUUCUUCUUCUUCUUUGUACGCUUUAUCUUGUUUUUUCUCUCCCUCUCUUUCACUCGCACACUCACACUACCUACAUAUAAAAAAAAUACUCUGUUGUUUCAUCUUUCUACUGCCUCGCCCACCCCCAUCACUUCUCUCUCUUUCGUUGUGUACAUACAGAACUUUGCUUGGAGAGUAUUUCAGUCCGAUAAAGAUUUGUGUGAAUAGAAACAAUCUGGUUAUCCGAGGAUCAUUCGAGUUUCAGAGUGGAGAUUUUGUCAAACGGGGAUACUGCUGCUAUUGUCAAUGACAUAACUUGUAACGUGUGUAAGCUGCUGG